AUGGCACAUAAACACUCCUUUGAAGCAUUGGAUAAAAGUUUGCGUGACAUAAUGAGUUGUCGUUAUGAAAAUAGUAAAGACAAACCAUUUGGUGGACUCACAGUUGCUUGUGGUGGUGACUUUCGGCAAAUUCUGCCRGUAAUACCAAGGGGAAAUCGAGCCGACAUUGUGAAUKCMRCACUAAAUUCAUCUUAUWUGUGGCCUUUGUUCAAAGUAUACGAGCUCAAUGAGAAUAUGCGUUUGCAAUGCAACACUUUGUCACCGACAGAUAUGAUAAAUAUUAAGGUGUUUGACUCAUGGAUGCUACAAAUCGGAAAUGGCACUGCCUACGAUGAUGUAACAAAUGAAUUGCUAAAGUUACCCGCUGGCAUCUUCCCAGAAACAAUUGGCAACCCGAUUGAAUCAGUGGUUGAAAUGAUAUAUCCUUCUAUCUUGGAAAACUGUAAUUGUCCUUCAUAUAUAACUGAAAGGGCAAUUCUCAUGCCAAAAAAUGAUAUGGUCCAUGAAUUGAACACAUUUAUCAUGGACAUGCUUCCAGGAGAAGGAAAAACAUAUCUAAGUUCAGACACAGUUUGCAAAGGAAGUGUACAAACAAAUGAGGAAGACCUCCUUUAUCCAACUGAAUUCUUGAACGGUUUGCAAUUCAAUGGCGUACCAAAUCACGAGAUUCAGCUAAAGGUAGGAGCCCCGGUUAUGUUAUUACGCAACAUCAAUCAAACAGAAGGAUUGUGCAAUGGAACACGAUUGAUUGUCACAUUACUUGGAACAUGGUCUGUUAGAGGUGACAUUAUUUCAGGAACUAAUAAAGGAAAAAGUGUCACUAUUCCAAGAAUAAUAAUGUCGCCCAACGAAUCAAAAUGGCCAUUCAAGCUAAAUCGACGUCAAAUACCGUUGGUCGCAUGCUUUGCUAUGACAAUUAAUAAAAGCCAGGGACAAUCUUUAAGUCGUGUUGGCCUAUACCUCCCGAAACAGGUUUUCACAUAUGGACAACUAUAUGUAGCUGUUUCACGAGUGACAUCGCAUGAAGGAUUAACCAUAAUAAAUGCCGAUGAAGAAAUGGAACACCGUACACUCAUAAAAAACAUUGUCUACCAUGAAGUGUUCAAUAACAUUCAUCCAUCCACCGAGUAG